AUGGGCCCCUGUACCGCCUCCUCAUGCUGCUGCCAGGCCCGUAAUCUGCCAUGGGCCCCCGUACCGACUCCUCAUGCUGCUGCCAGGCCCGUAAUCUGCCAUGGGCCCCCGUACCGCCUCCUCAUGCUGCUGCCAGGUCCAGAGUGUCUCAUGGGUCCCUGUACGGCCUCCCAUUGCUGCUGUCUCCAUCGCCACACUCUGCCAUGUGCCACUUUCAGGUCUCCUCACACUGCUGGUGGGUUCCAUUUUGUCAUAGGGUGCUGUAUGGCCUCCCAUUGCUGCUGCUGCCUCCACCGCCACACUGUGGCUCCACACUCUGGUUUUGGCCCCGUGACUGCCCAAAUGAGUGAAGUGUGCGGUGAUUCUAAGAUCGACGGCACUCAUCUGCAUGUCAUACUGACUGACAGUAUUAUUUCUCUUCCCCAGCAGACUCCAAGGGCAUUUAAAUUAAAGGUACAGUGUUCUGCACUAAUAUAA